UCGUCUCGUUUCUCUAAAAACACAUUUCCUCGUCUCCUCUCUCCUCGCAUAGUUUCCUUGCGUCUCUCUAAAUCGUGAGGAAGUGACGAAAGAGAGGGAACGUGGACGCACAUAAGUGUGGAUGAGCCCACAGCCUGAUGUAUACACGGAGAGACGUGUCUCCGUCAGCAUGAAGUCCACAUGGCGGCCGUCCUCUCUGCUGCUGCUCUUACAGCUCAGCUGUGCGUCUCUUCACGGAGGCAGCAAGCCCAACUUUGUCCUGAUCAUGGUGGACGACCUGGGGAUUGGAGACCUGGGCUGCUACGGCAAUGCAACCCUGAGGACCCCCAAUAUUGACCAGCUGGCGCGGGAGGGUGUGAAGCUGACCCACCACAUCGCCGCAGCGAGCCUCUGCACUCCCAGCAGGGCGGCGUUUCUCACAGGACGAUACCCGAUACGCUCAGGUGUAGCUGGUCAUAACAGACCUGGUGUCUUUUUAUUCAACGCCGCCUCUGGAGGUCUUCCCAGCCAAGAGGUGACCUUUGCUAAUAUUGCAAAGCAACAGGGCUAUGAGACGGCUCUCAUCGGGAAAUGGCACCUCGGACUUAACUGUGAGAGCAGUGACGAUCACUGCCACCACCCCAGCAUCCAUGGCUUUAACUAUUUCUUUGGUAUCCCCGUAACCAACCUGCGAGACUGCCAGCCUGGACACGGCACUGUGUUCCAGAUCCAUAAGUACUUACCGUACAGGACACUGGCCAUUGUCCUGGUCAGUGCAGCCUCACUCCACUACAUGGGCGUCCUCAGCAUGCGCAGAGGGCUGGUUGUGAGCCUGCUGUGUCUGUCGGCCCUGGUCACAGGUCUGACAGCAGGAUUCAUCAUGAUGAUGCCGUACCUCAACUGUGUUCUCAUGAGGGACCACAGAGUUGUUGAGCAGCCGUUCACGUCUGAAAACCUGACACAGAGGAUGACUCAUGAGGCAGUGGACUUCAUGGAGAGGAACUCGGCGGGGCCGUUCCUGCUGUUUUUCUCUUUCAUCCAAGUGCACACGGCCAUGUUUGCCUCAGCAGCAUUCAGAGGAACGAGCCGUCACGGCAUCUAUGGGGACGCGGUCCAUGAAGUGGACUGGAGUGUCGGUCAGAUCAUGCAGACUCUGGACAGACUAGAGCUGAGAGAAACCACUCUGGUUUACCUGACUUCAGACCAGGGGGCCCACGUGGAGGAAAUCUCUUCCACAGGGGAGGUCAACAGAGGAUGGAACGGAAUAUAUAAAGCAGGGAAGUCCACUAAUUGGGAGGGAGGGAUCCGGGUCCCGGGAAUUCUGCAUUGGCCGGGGAGCAUCCCCAGCGGCAGACAGGUAGACGAGCCCACCAGCAACAUGGACCUGUUUCCUACGGUGGUGCGGCUCAGCGGAGUGUCUGUCCCAGAGGACCGGGAAAUAGAUGGUCAUGACCUCAUGGAUCUGCUCUGGGGGAGAGUUGAGAGGUCGACCCACGAAUUCCUGUUCCAUUAUUGCAACGUCUACUUGAACGCAGUUCGAUGGCAUCCCCGAAACAGUAGCUCAGUGUGGAAAGCCUUUUACUUCACACCAAACUUCUACCCGGAGAAUGAGACAGCCUGUUUCCACACACACGCCUGCUUCUGCUCAUCGGACUAUGUGACCUACCACGACCCUCCGCUGCUCUUCGACCUCACGAGGGACCCGUCGGAGACCACGCCGCUGACUCCCGACACCGAGCCGGCCUUUCACGCUGUCCUGGCCGCGAUGGAGGAGGCGGCAGAUGCGCAUCGGAGGUCGGUGAAGCCUGUGGAGAGCCAGAUGUCGGUGUGGAACCUGAUCUGGAAGCCCUGGCUGCAGCCCUGCUGCUCCACGCUCGCACAGCUCUGUCAGUGCCAGCAGGAGGAAGAGGACGUGGGCGGGGCUACAACAGAGGAUCAUUCCAGUUAACAAUGCACACCUGCAAACUCCAAAAACGCAGAUUUUAGUCUCGACCGAGUCAUUCGGACCAUUUUAAAGCCAACUUCCUGAUGUGUUUUGUUAGCUUAACUAGCUAGCAUACGCUCAGUUACCUGCUGGUACAUGUUCUCAAGUGGACUUGGGUACACAUUUGAGGUCCUCUACUCGAGCAUUUCCAUUUUCUGCUACUUCAUCUCAGAGGGAAAUAUUGUACUUUUUACUGCACUACGUUUACACUUUAGAAAUAUAGUCAAUAAAACAAAUAUUAUUAUAUCAAUAAGGCUUUAUCUAUCCU